CCUCGCUCGCAAGUCAUUUCCCUGCCCACUCUUCGUGCGAUUGACGACGCUCGUGUUUCGAUCGCAAACUGAACUUUCGUGUUUCGCCGAGAGCUUCGAAACUGCGUGCCGAUCACUUCUGUUUGAUCGUGUGGUGCGCAAUUUCCAACGUGUGUUAACACCUCGCCCUUCCCGUCCGUCUUGUGGAUUACCGGUUCGUCGCUGCCGAAGUGCCGCCGCUUCGCGAGGAUUAAAUGACCAUGAAGGCGCAGAACGAGCAACAGCAAGCGAUCAGCCGGUGCCUCGCCAAGGUGGCCGAAGGCCGCGUCGGUCGCAAUGGCCGCAAGGAGCGCGACCUGAACCACGAAGAGAUGCAGUCGCUGCUGGCGAAACUGAAGGAACUGGUGCCCAAUAUGCCGCGCAACAAGAAGGUCUCCAAGCUCGAGAUCAUCCAGAACGUGAUCGACUACAUCCUCGACCUGCAGAUAGCCCUCGAGACGCACCCCGCCAACCGCUCGUCGUCACAUCCGGCGGGAUCUAGCACGAGUCCGGCGCGGCAACCCUUGGGAGUCCUACCCCCCUCCGCGAACGCCGUGGCCAACACUUGCUCGGCACAGGAGGCGACUCACACAGACAAGAUCCCAAGUCACCUUGCCGACAUGAUGUCUACGGUAGUACCGCCUUCGCGCCCGGUCUCGUGCUAGGACUUGUGAGACAUUUGGACGAGUGGGGACCGUCUCGUGCAUUGUCGUGUUUCGUUUAUUUACAUCCCUGACGUUGUUCACCUCUGAAAGAAGCGCCUCCCGCCCCCUGUGCCCGGGUCCCACGGCUAGUCGUUCGUUUCCACGAGCAAUCCCGGGAAAGACGACGUGAAGGCGCCUUCAUUUCCGAGGACCGCCGGGCCGUUCAGGUUCGAGCGAAUAUGCGUCCCAUCCCACGUCGCAUCAAGAAACAACCAUCUUGUACAGAACCUGCGAUGACGCAUCUGGCAAAGCGCAGAACCAUCUCGGACAAGAACGCCGAGCUCCGGAUCCUGCCGCAGCCUGGUGCACAAGUCCGUGGUUUCUACAUCAUCAGAGAUUCAUGUUUAGGAAUCGCCACACUGUUGCCCCAGCUGCUCGCAGAAUCCGCUCUCUGGCAACCCGUAGGGCAUUUCGCGUAACAGCAUCACCAGGCGUGUCGGCUAGCCCUACGGUCCUAUGGCCUACUGUACGCUGUUUCGGACACAUGCCACCAGCUUUCGUCUUGCCAGCGACCACGUCUUGCCGGAAGUUGACCUUUAUUAGCGUGAGCUCUAUGGACCAGCGCAGUAUUACAAUUAGAACUGUGUUAUCUUGCCCAUGUAUGACGUCACAAGCGCGUGAAGUACGGAGACGGAUGUCGCCCUACCAAAUGUAGAAAGCCAGAAUGCAGCAAUUUAUUGCUCAUUUGCUGAUCAUGUGCAAUCAAAUGUAUUUUUUUUCUGUGCGUGUGUGUGUCGGAGUGAGUAGAGUGCGAGGUGUGUGUAGUGGUUUAUACCUACUUCUGCGGCAUCUUAUUUGAAUAGCAUUUUCUGGGGAUCUCCGGUUUUUAUUUAUAACAUAUUUUUCCCUCCCACAUCUUAACAGUACAAACACAGAUUCAAAUACACAAACAAACAUUACGUGAGGAAGGCUACUGGCUUUAGAUAUGCUCUAUAAGCAAACUUUUUGCAGCUAGUCUGGUGGCGUAUGAGAUAUGCUCAAUGGCCCUGCAAGUUACGUUUUAAUUUUAUUGGUGGUUGAUGCAGUAUGUUCGCUCGUAUUCCUUCACAUUGGUAAUAUUUCCUGCAAAACGAUGUGCAGGUGCUGCAAUUGCACCAUUCCUCGAUAAAUAAUACGCGUCUGUGAUGUGUUGUUUUGAUCUGAACGAACCUACUUAAACGUACGUUUGAUUUCAAGAAAAUUCUUAAAACAUUGCGGACCAUUUUAGGAAUACGGAUGCUUGAUAGGUGACUGGCAUCUUUGCCAUAUUGGUGUGUACCGGUGGGCCUACUUAAUAUAAUGGUGCCAGUUGUCUACCUUUCGUCACAUUAUACACACACUAUUGUUUUACACACUUCUUUCCUACCAAUUGUAAUUAUAUUAUUUGUACAGAGAGGCUCCUACAAGACGAGAGAAACCUAUACUUUUGCGUUGUUGUGAUAAAACCGUCUGCGAGAAGCAUUGUCUUCGAUAAUAAAAAAAAAAGGUAUUGAAGUUCA